CAUCCGAUCCAGCGAUUCGAGGCAUGGCAUCCCCAUCGAUGAAUUUCACCCCAUUUUUUGCACGCCAAGUUUCGCCUAAAUCGGGUCGGUCGUUGCUUGCCUGUAGAGUUAAAUUUGUUGGAGUUUUGGAGGAACUUUUCUGAGGGGGAGGCUAGAUCCCCCUCCUUCCGGAAGUAAAUAAAUAUGGAUGAUCGCGUGCGUCUAGGGUUUAUUGUUUCGGUGGAUUAUAUGUUCCGUAGACCUGUUGUUAGCUUUUGUGUGACCACCAUGGCGGUGUCUUGAUUGGAGCUUAAAAGGAUUGUGUAGCCAUGGAUAAGGGCCUCUUCGCCAACGACGGCUCCUUCAUGGAGAGAUUCAAGCAGAUGCAGCAGGAGAUGCAGGACAAGGAGAAGCCCGUCGCCCCCACCGCCGCCGCUGGUGCUGGCGCUGUCUCCUCUGCGCCGGCCAAGCCUGUCAACCCCAAGACGCCUCUUGUCAUUGCGGCAAACAAGAGGCCGCUCGAGGUCAAGAAGGCCGGCUCGGUCUUGUCGGGCGGGAAGCUGGCCUUUAGCCUGAAGAAGAACAAGAUCCCUAUUAUGCCUGUCAAGUUUGGAGCUGAGGAGGACGAUGAUGAUGAUGUUGCCGGUGUGGAGAGGGGGGAUCAUGCGAAGCGGCACAAGUCCAUUGAUGCUCCCUCAGCUGCUGCCCCAGCUAGGGUUGUUGCCUCAGCACCACCAAAUGAUAUGACAGUGAGGCAGGUUGCUGACAAAUUAGCAAGCUUCGUUGCCAAAAAUGGGAGGCAGUUUGAGGAUAUCACACGGCAGAAGAAUCCUGGAGAUUCACCAUUCAAGUUUCUAUUUGAUAAGAACUGUUCAGACUACAAAUAUUAUGAGAAUCGGCUUGCUGAAGAGGAAAAGGUUCAUGCUCAGACAAAGGAUGCUCAUGCUUCAAAAAUUGUUAAUUCGAGCACUGCAAGCUCCAUAGCACAUACUGGUCCGCAAAGAAGCUCAUUUGAACAAAGAUCUAACUAUCAGACACCUGCUUCUGCUUUAUAUGGUGCAUAUGAAGGUAGUUCUUCCCAGGGAAGCUCAUCUAGCCAUGGUGGUCAGAGCAUGUCUGCACCCUCAGAUCCAGUAGCAUUGAUGGAAUUCUACAUGAAGAAAGCUGCGCAGGAAGAACGGAAGAGACCACCAAGGCAGUCAAAAGACGAAAUGCCACCACCUCCAUGUCUUGUUCAGGGUCCUCCUAACAAGGGACACCACAUGGGGGACUUCAUUCCUCAAGAAGAACUUGAGAAGUUCAUGGCACGCUGUAACGAUGCUGCAGCACAAAAGGCUACCAAAGAAGCUGCGGAGAAGGCUAAGAUUCAGGCCGACAAUAUUGGGCACAAGCUUCUGUCUAAGAUGGGCUGGAGGGAAGGUGAGGGUCUUGGCAGUGAGAGAAGUGGCCGUGCAGAUCCCAUUAUGGCUGGAGAUGUGAAGCAGGAUCACCUUGGUGUUGGUGCUAUCCAACCUGGUGAGGUGUCAUCUGAAGAUGACAUCUACGAGCAAUACAAGAAGCGAAUGAUGCUAGGCUACCGCCAUAGGCCAAACCCACUGAACAACCCAAGGAAACAAUACUAUUGAUACAAGGGGAGGUCAGCCAAGGGGAGGGGGAGACGUAAGAAAACCAAUUUUGCUGCAAUCUUUUGCUCACAGAACUAACUGCUGCUUUGGGAAAUGACUAACAGUAUUGAAAGCUUUGUUCAUCAGCAGAGAAGCCCAGAAGUUGAUUUAUUCAGCAAGUAACUUGGAACGCCACAGCCAUGGGGCUUCCUGGGGUUAUGCAGUAGCUUUGCCGUUUUAGUGUUUGUUUUUGUCGCGUUAAGUACUAUGAGUGUGUUCUAUGGUGGUGUUUUAUGCCAAAGUUGAUGUUUUGAACCGUGAUGUAUUUCUGCCUCUGUUGGUGGACAAUGUGACUUUGUGAUUAUGCAACUUCUGCUGCGACUUCCUUCAGUUGACUACUGUUUCUUA